GGGAUUGCCGAGCGCUGACGUCUUGGGCAGUGAGUGAAGGGUUGCUGCUGGUGGGGGAGUGGGAGGAGGGGAAGGAGAGACAGGCAGACAGACAGAGCGAGGGAGGGGAAAAAAGGACAGCGGAUGAAGCUGCGGAGGCCCUGCAGGACUGGCUUCAGUAACUUCGGCGGGGGAGAGUAAAAGCAUUGCUAUCAAUGAAUGAACAUUCCAGUGAUAAUGGCAGAGCAGCCUCCGCUGGAAUCUACUCUAAUGAAUGAUGUUCCACUUCUACCUCAUAUAGUCAAUGGGGACAGCGGACAACAGGUUAUAUUGGUGCAAGUCAAUCCUGGAGAGACGUUCACAAUCCGAACAGAAGAUGGUCACAUUCAGUGUAUUCAAGGUCCCGCUCAUGUUCCCAUGAUGUCACCAAAUGGCUCAAUGCCUCCAAUUUAUGUGCCUCCUGGUUAUGUCUCACAGGUUAUAGAAGAAAAUGGUGUUCGAAGAGUUGUUGUGUUGCCGCACUCAACAGAAUUCCACCCUAGUAAUCAUCCCUCAAUGCAUCCCCCUCCACCUCAUGUGCCGCACUACAUGCACCAUCACCCUGCUUUAAUACCACACCCUCAUCAGGUUUACGCUCCAGUAACAGGAACAGGGGACAUCCCUCCACAGUUCAUUCCUCAACACCCUCCACCACCCCACGUUUUUGCAGAUCAAGAAUCACGCUCACCACACGGAAGGUCAAAUUUCAGCCACAGAGACGAAAGGACUCUUAAAGUGCAUGAACGUUUGCAAAAAAGACUUAAAGAGAGACAAGUGGGAGGACAAAAAGAUAAACCUAAUAGCCCCCCUUCUUCUCCACAUAAAAGUCACUCUGUUUCACCUACAAAUGUACAAAAUGGAUAUGGAAAGGGACAAGCUGGUUGUGGUACAGGAACUGCAACAGGACCAGUAAAACUGAAGCCAUCUGGGAAAGCACGAAGCAGCCCACCAGUUGAUGCAGAAGCUGGAGAUUCCGACUCGGAAACCAAAUUAUUACAAGAGCUUCUUUCUGGCAUUGCUAAGCCUGUGGUAUCUGAAAUUAAAGAAAAGUCCAUUGUUUUAUCCUGGAAUCCUCCCUCUAUCUCAGUGGAAGGGGAAAAUAAUACUGAUCAGUUGCCAGCAAGCUGCACUUAUGAAGUUACAUUAUCUAAUAGUGGAAAAAGUGGAAAGUUCAAAGUGGUUUAUUUAGGAGAAGAAACAACAGUUACGAUAUCCGAACUCCGACCAGCCACAGAUUACCAUGUUAGAGUUGCAGCGAUUUGUAAUUCUGUGAAAGGAUCCAUAUCAGAAGUGGCAAGCUUUACCACAGAAAUCAGUAAACCUGAUGCUCCAGCUCCACCAAAACUAAUCAGUAGGACCAAAAACAGUCUGAGUUUGCAGUGGAAGGCACCAAAUGACGGUGGUUCUAAAAUCUCCAGUUACCUUUUAGAAUGGGAUGAGGGAAAGCAAAGCCCUUUCAAGGAAUGUUACUUUGGACAUCAGAAGCAGUACAAGCUGACUAAAUUGUCCCCAUCCAUAGGAUAUACUUUCAGGCUAGCAGCUAAAAAUGAUAUUGGACUGAGUGAUUUCGGUGAAACAGUACAGUAUUACACAGCAGGCAGUGUUCCAUCUGCCCCAGAUCCUCCUCGGCUAAUUCGUGCUGGUGUCACGUGGAUGUCGUUGGAGUGGAGUAGACCCAGUGGCGUUUCAUGUGAUGAAUCCAUUACAUAUAUUUUGGAAAUGGAAGAUGAGAGUUCGGGCUAUGGUUUCAAGGCAAAAUACAAUGGUGAUGAGCUCGCUUGCACUUUAAAAAAUCUCAGACGGAGUACCUCCUUCAAUUGCAGAGUCUUUGCCUGUAAUAGUGAAGGCAAAAGUAAUCCUAGUGAAGUUGAGAAAUAUUGCACAUGUCCUGAUAAACCUGGGCCACCAAGUAAACCAAGUAUAAAGGGAAAAGUUCAUGCAAAUAGCUUGAAGAUUUUAUGGGACCCACCGAAAGACAAUGGAGGGUCAGAGAUUACCAAGUACGUACUGGAACUAUCAGAGGGUUUGAAUGAGAAUAAAUGGGACAUGGUGUAUAAUGGACCUGUCAGAGAGCAUGUCUGUGAUCAUCUAAAACCUGGGACAUGGUAUAGACUGAGGGUUUACUGCAUUAGCAAUGGAGGUCAAAGUCAGGUUUCUGAGGUUUUAGCUGUGCAGACUGCAGCUGUCAUUCCUGGAACUUGUCAACCCAUUCGUCUGUCUGGUAAACCUAAAGCUAGAGAGCUGGCACUCCGAUGGGCACCACCUGCGGUAGAUGGUGGUUCCACUAUAACGGAAUACUCCGUGGAGAUCGGAGAGCCAGGAUGGGAUGAUCAAAGACUUGUCUACAGGGGUCCAGAACUUGAAUGUGUAGUAGGCAGUCUUUUGCCCGGGAAGAUGUACAGUUUCUGGAUAAAAGCUGCAAACAAAGUUGGGUAUGGUCCACGUUCUGAGAGGACUGAUAUAUCCACAGCGGCAGCCCCCCCAGACCAAUGCAACAUACCUGUUGUCACGUGUAAGACAGCCACAUGUAUACAAGUGCAUUGGGAGUGCCCUUCAUCUAAUGGUUCUGAAAUCACAGAGUUCAGGCUAGAAUUUGGAGGCAUGGAAGGUAGCAUGCAAGUUAUUUACUGUGGUCCUGCCCUGAGUUAUGAAGUGAAAGCCCUGACACCAGCAACAGCAUACUACUGUAGGGUUCAGGCGAUGAACGUUGCAGGUCCUGGGUACUACAGCGAUACUGCCAUAUGUAUGACACCUGCCUCUGUGCCAGCUGCAGUCAGUGUACUGCAAUUGAUUGACGAAGACCAGCUUGAAAAUGUUCUUCCUUCACCAUCAACGUGCCUUGCUAUUCAGUGGGAGGAGCCUUGCUGCCAUGGAUCUGAAGUCAUUGGAUACAACAUAGAAUAUGGUGAUAAGCAAAUUGCAGGAGUAAACAAAGUCACAAGUGCCAUCAUUGAGGAUCUGCAACCAGAUACAGCGUACAGAAUACGAGUACAGGCCAUCAACAGUAUUGGAGCAGGCCCUUUCAGUCAUUCCAUUAAAGCCAAAACAAAACCACUACCUCCUGAGCCACCUCACCUUGAGUGUGCAGUUUUCAGCUACCAGAGCCUUAAGCUUAAGUGGGGGGAUGGGCCCAGCAAAGCUUUAAACACGAAUUCAACACAAUAUACCUUGCAGAUGGAGGACAAAUUUGGAAGGUUCGUUUCUGUCUAUAGUGGGCCUUGUCAUACGUAUAAAGUCCAGAGAUUGAAUGAAUCCUCAACUUAUAACUUUAGAAUUCAGGCAUACAAUGAUGCAGGAGAAGGACCAUUUUCUGAAGUUUACACUUUCACCACAACCAAAUCUCCUCCUCCUCCACUUAAAGCUCCCAGAGUACAAAUGUUAGAAGAAAACACUUGUGAAAUCACAUGGGAAGCACUGCAGCCAAUGAAAGGGGAUGCAAUUGUUUACACACUUCAGAUAAUUAUUGGGAGAGAAACUGAGCAGGUGUACAAGGGGCCAGGGACUUCAUUUCGUUUAACAAACUUUCAGACAAACUGUGAAUAUCGGUUCAAAGUCUGUGCUGGCCGCCAGUAUCGAGAUGCUGCUGGAAUGCAAGAACUAUAUGGACCUUACAGUCCCACUGUGCCAUUCUCAUCUCAGAGACAAGAACCCACAUCAAGUAGUAAUGAAACUACAGUAGAUUUCACAAAGGUCAACAAGGAAACACUAACUGAUGAGCAGUUUGCCGCCCUGAUUGUUGCAGGCUUUGCUGUAGUUUCCAUUUUGUUUGCUUUCAUUAUUCAGUACUUUGUAAUUAAGUAGAGAAUGGAAAACACACUAAUGGCUAUGUUUGUAUCAUCUACGAUAAAGACUCUGGCUUUUUUCUCGGUUUAUCGUCCAAAUUAAACUGAUUGGAAAUUAUUCUAUGCUGAGAACAUGCAUUUCCAUCUUUGUUACUGCUGACCAACGUGAGGCAGUGAUAACAAAACCCUUAGCACAUGCAAAGACACAGUUUUCAUAAAAGGGUCAGCUGAGGCUUCUAAUUCUCAUAACAGCUGUUCUGUAGACAGCUAGGAUUGCCUUAGUAUUUUAGACUCUCAAGCCAGUGCUAUCCAGCCAGUAGAGGUUUAGGACAAAGACUUUGCAAAAGGAGCCCACUUAAAGAGCUGAGAGAGAUGCUGUAGAUUUAAGCCAAUUUUAAACAAUAGUAGGGAUCACACUGAGACUCAAUGGUUUUUAUGAUCUAGAGCAGAGCUUUAUUAGUGGUCAUGACUUCAGAUGAACUAUGAACUACUUUAAUACAAAUUUCUAGUGCAUAUGAUUGGUUUCAUUACACAAAGGAAAAACCUAACUAUUGCUGGCUGCAGGGUAAUUAAAUGUGUAUUGAACAUGAGUUUGGAAAAAUGUAGUUUGUACUAUGCGGUUUGAAAAACAAAAGGCCCUGCAAGUGGCAUCACCUGCAUAUUUAGGUGACAGGGUUGGGCCCCAGAUUUGCAUUUAAACUUUUUUUGUUUUCUGGCAAUCCAUGAAGGUAAUUCAGUGCUAAUGUGUUUGCAGGAAACUGCAGCACUUUGUAGCAAAGCACAAAUUUUAAUAAUGUCUCUGAUUGUAACAGUGCAAUAUAAAAGUUGCAGUUUGUUAUAAAUGUUUCACUGUUUGGUUAAAAUUGUGCAGUUUAUUUCCCCAAAAAUACAAUAUUAAGAAAAAAGCAGAAAACUAAAAUGUAAGUUUCUUAGUUUUCCCUUUAAUAAAAGUAGAGGAAAAUAACACAGUCCUUAACUUUUGUCCCCAAAGGUAUUGUGAAUCUCAGAACAAACUUGCAAUUUUAGAUGAUCAUUUAAUGUUUUGCUAAGCAUGAUUUCCAAAAUGCUGCAGGGUACCCAAAUGACCAUUAUUAUUAUAUGUCAUCUUACAGAAUGUCAGUAUUACAUUCCAUUACUUUUGCAUCAGAGAUGGCGCCAUUUGGUUUUUUUAAUGAUGCCCAAAUGGAAGAAAUCUGAGUUUUAACAUUUAAUUUUCGACCAGCUCAGUUGGUUUGUGAAGAAAGGAAGGGUUGAGUCAUUGUGUUGUGAAGUAGCAAUAUUUUUUUUUCUCCAAGGAAUUUCAUUUAUGGUGCAAUUCUAGAAUAAUCUCUCCAAAUAUAUAUCUUCCAUUUUAUAUUUUAUUUAUUACGGUUAAGUCGUCCAGGAAAUUUAUGUAUGAAUGUAUUGUUAUACUUGUAGAAAGUCUUAACUUAAUUAACAGUUUCUCAAUGUAGUGGAACCCUUGUGUUUGCCCUGUUACAAAGUAUGUUUCCGUAUUCCGAUAACUAAACAGAAGCAAAUGUUUUAGUCUUUAUAUCCUGUAGAACGGUUUAAGUGCUUUUCUUUCUUGGUGAGCCUGUAUCUUUGUUUCCUGUUUCAUUUUUAUUUCUUAAAUGAAUUGUGGCAUUCAGUUAAAAUAAAGAUUUGGGAUAGAGUUUUUUUUGGUCUGUUUUGCCAAAGGUGAUAUCUUUUGAUUUCAGUUUCUUUUAAUGGAACAAGCCACAUAGGUGGUAGUUAGUUGUUUUAUGGGUGGUAUUUGGUUGAAACAACGCCAUGUUGACAUCUGGGCAAGCUGUGCUUCAGCAAGUCGUCAAAAAAAAUACAACUGGCAGAUUUCUCGACUGGAGUAUUUUCAUAAGAAACUUAUGGUGCCUGAUUCUGGAUGUUUUACGUACAAUAAACAUAAAUUGUAUAACUGCUUCAACCAUUGGCAGUAAGUUGAUUACUGCAAUUUAUUGUACUGGGUACAGUAGUAAUUUUAUGUUGCAUAGUUUUAAUAUUAAAUAUACAUUCCAAAACGUACCUUAGGUGGCAUUAAUGUACUAAAUCUUAUUACUUUCAACUUUGUAUUGUACUAUAUCGAAUCAUUCACAGAUUCAUGUUAAAACUGCCAUUCCUAUGUAUGACUAAACU